AUGUCGACAGCUACAGUCAAUGUGACUCUUGGUGAAGCCCUGCCGGAGGCACAGCUUCAUCUUCAGUCUGGUUCUGGACUUACAAACGCUCUCGUCGCGCUUGUCCCUCUCGCUGCCUUGCUUUACCUCAUACGACAAUGGGCUCUCCCGAAACCCAUCCCCGGCAUUCCCUACAAGCCAGAUUCUGUCAAAUCUAUGCUAGGUGACUUCCAGGCCAUCGGCAAAUAUCUGGCGUCAGCGAACGUCACCUAUUUUGAUUGGAUCGAGAAGCAAGCCAAAGACCUCAACUCUCCGAUUAUCCAAGUCUUCCCGAGGCCUUUCGGCAAGCCCACUGUGGUGGUCAGCGACUUUAAUGAGGCGCAGGACAUUCUCAUGCGACGAGGCAAGGAGUUUGAUAGGUCAUACGUCAGCGCCGAGAUCUUCACGGGCAUCAUCCCGGACCACCACAUUGUGCAUAAGACAGACUCCGCCUGGAAGAGCCAGAGACGACUGUUACAGGACUUGAUGAGCCCAGGCUUCCUCGAAGGCGUAGCCGCGCCGGUCCUCUACCAGACAGUAUCCGAUUUUGUGCGCAUGUGGGAGCUGAAAGCCCAGGCAGCACAGCGCAGACCUUUCAAGGCUUCGGAGGAUAUUUACUACACGGCACUCGACUCCGUCCAUGGAUUCGCUUUUGGUCAAGAUUUUAAGCACAAUGCCAACCAGCCCACGCUGGAGUACCUCGAGCGCACAGUGUCAGAAGCUACCAAUGCGCCAGACAAUGGCGGCAGUAUCGACGAGCCCAUCGACUUCCCUCGACAGGAGAUGGACGUAGUCAUCAAGUCAUUCCUGAGGAUAAUUGACAUGUUCGCUGAAGUCCAGGGCAGCCCUAUUGCAAAGCUCAAGUGGCCCAUCCUGAACAGAUUGCCAUCGUUUGUUAAGGCAAAGGAGAUCAGACAGGAAACCAUUCGCAAGGAAAUUCAAGGUGCAUUGGAAAGGACCGAGACACACCCGGAUCCCAAGACAGUGCGCUCGGCUGUGGAUCACAUGGUGCGCAGGGAACUCAUCCUGGCAGAAAAGGAGGGCCGUCCCGCAAACUGUUUCUCACCAGCAAUAUUUGACGAGAUCUUCGGAUUCGUCGUUGCCGGCCAUGACACCACCUCUACAACGAUAUCUUGGGGUGUCAAGUUCUUGGCGGACAACCCAAGGGCUCAGGAUCGCCUCCGUGCCGCCAUGCAGGAAGGAUUUUCGGCUGCCAAGGAAGAAGGGCGUCCCCCCACGGUGCACGAGAUCAUCUCAACCAACAUCCCUUACCUCGAUGCCUCUCAAGAGGAGAUACUCCGCUGCGCGGGCACGAGCCAAACUACUGAUAGGGAAGCUAUGAUGGACACUGAGAUUCUCGGCCACAAGAUCCCCAAGGGAACCAUCGUCAUCAUGCCCAUAGAUGGCGCUAGCGUCAAGACGCCUGCCUUCAACAUUGAAGAGAGCAGCCGACACAGGAGCAGCCAGGAAGCCAUCAAGUCGGGCAGGGCGCGACGUUACUGGGAUGCCGCGGACGUCAGCGAAUUCAAGCCUGAGCGAUGGCUGUCUGAGAAUGGCGAGUUCGACGCUACCUCUGGACCUGCCAUGGCCUUUUCUCUGGGCACACGAAGCUGCUUUGGAAAGAGGCUUGCGAACAUCCAGCUGCGCAUGCUGCUGACUCUCAUCGUGUGGAACUUUGAGCUUCAGAAGUGCCCCGAGAAAUUGUCUGGCUACGGACACAAGAUGGGGCUCACCACCGAGCCUAUGGACUGCUAUGUGAGGCUGAGGAAGAUUGAGCUGUAG